UCUGCUCCCCAAAUGCCAUGGACAUCGAAGGCUACGGGGAGUUUGGUGGUAUCUCCGAGGAAGAUGACGACAUCGCACGCUUCGAACGCCAAUGUGCCGAGCGUGCGCGAGCCGAGGGAGCUCUGCCCGAGGAGGGCUCUGAAGACGAAGAUGAACAGAUCAAACGGAAAAGGUUGGUCACUGGAGGACAGCCUCAAGACAUCAAUGAAUGGCAGGAGAAAUGUGAACUUUUGCAUGAUAAGUUGGGGAGGAAAGAAGGAGAGCUGGCUCAGGUGAAGGCAGAUCUAGAGAUGCUGCGAAACGAUGGCCUGGGUCCUGAGGAUUCGCAGACGGCCUUGAAGCAACGGCUCUUGGAUCUCACCAAGAAGAACCGGCGCCUGCAGGUGACGGUGGACGGACAGCGAGUCCGACUACAACAGCUGGAGAUCGAGGUCAAAAAACCUAAAGAAGACAUCAAAAAACAAGCGGAGGAGCUGAUCAUGCAGAACGCUGCUCUCCUCUAUGGUGAAGCUGGAAAUGUCGAGGAUUGGAAGAAGAAAUAUCUCACAACAUCCAACCAACUUCAGCAGGUGCGGCAUGAAACGCAAGAGAUGCGGGCAUUGCUGCAGAAGCAAAAGAAGGUGCUGCUCAAGGAACUUGGUGCGGAAGAAGCUAUCCAGCAGGCCUUGGCCGUGGCGGAUGACCCCAUGGCUGUGCAAUGGAAGGGCCGAGCUACACAGAUCGCUCAAUUGCAACGGCAGGUCAAGGAGCUUAAGGCUGGUGGUGGUAGCACUAGCCAGGAAGUGAAGGAAACUCCUUCCGCGUCGGCAGUGAAGAGCAAGGCAGUUGGUCAAGCUGCGGACAAAAGACGCGAGGAAUUUGAACGCCUGCAGGAGGAGGUUGAAAGACUUCGAGCAGAGCAAGCUGAGUGCAAGCAGAAACGCGAAGCACUGAGGUCGCGCUCAUGCCUCUUGGAGACGCAGCUGAGAGACAUGAAGGCGAACGUGCAGUUCCUGCUGCGGAAAAGCGACGACGACGAUGCUCUCGUGGCGAUGCUGCGGAAGCAGCUGGGCCGUGAGGACAAUGGAGCCGAUGGAGGAGAUGAACUGACCUUUCUGCGGCAGCAGAAUGGCGAAUUGCAGGCGCAGCUGGAGAGGCAAGCGCAGAUCAUGCUGCAGCUGAGGCAGAAGGCCUUGUCAGCCAGCUGCGAAAAUGGCUCCGUUCCGUUGGGGCCAAAGAGCGUGGAAACCUCCGUGACGGAGCGGCAACUCUUGGAGCGAGUGCGUUUCCUGGAGGCCGAAAAUGCCAAGCAAGCGGAGCAGGUGCAUUUGUUAAAGGCCCGAGGAGCAAUGGGCUACACCGAAACCUACAGGCAAGACACUGGUGAUACGCCCAGUGAUCGAGGAAGACACACGAGACAGGGCAGCAAACCCUUCUCGGAGUCAGGGUCAGAGGCCUAGAAGCCAGCGUGACUAGGCUGAGCAUGGUUUCACUGAGGAAUUCCAUUAGAUCAUUAAACCUCCGUUGAUGUGCCAAGCAGAUAGGACUCUUCCGAGCCAUGCUCUGGUCGUGCUCUUUAAGACAUGACAUUUGGCCUUCAAUUGUUGGCUUUGAGCAGGCUCUGGUUGGAAACAGGAUGAGAAGCAUGGCACAUUUGUGGAGGUGGAUUGAUCGCUAGUGGUGUUAGCGACUGAUUUGGGUCUUAGAGAAUAUUCCGAGACCCGAGUCUUCACAGAUAGUGCCAUGGCUGCGCUUGCCGCUUGCAUGCAAAAGGUGUGUGAAGUGUGCCUUGCGCAUCCUUGCG